AUGUUAAAGAUCCCAAGAACUGAGAGAGUCGGGAUUGGGGCAGAUCUGAAUGGACAUGUGGGUGGUGGACGAAAGGGGAUAUGGAGAAACAUCGGUAAAUUUGGGUUUGGAACGAGGAACGAAGAAGGGCAGACCAUCCUAGACUUUGUGGCGGCAAACAAACCUGGCGGUCACAACACCUAUUUCAAGAAGAAGGACCGAGAAGAUCACCUACACAAGGGGUGGUGUGAACUCCCGGGUGGACUAUGUCAUAUGCGGGAGAACGACCAUGAAGACAGAGAAAAGGAAAAAACCGGACAGAACCGGGAAGACAAGAUGGGGAAACUGAAUGAGCAGGAGCACAGGGAAAAGUUUGUGGAGAAGGUCAGGGAAGGUAUGGAAGCACAGGCAGAGAAGCGUGGGGGGAGUCCAGCAGAGUGCUGA